UUCUGCAAAUUUUGGAAGUGGUUGUUUCUCUUCUUUUUCUAAUCUAACAGAUGAUGAAGAGAAGAAGAAUUGCCCAGCAACAUCUGGGGCAACAUGGGCAGGAACUCAUAACCAAAGAAGAAAACAGAGAAUUGAAAAUCCAAGUUGGCAGGAGUGGACAUCACAUGAAAGAACUCACGCAGCGGAGAAACCACAUAAACAAAUGUAAUCUCAGUAGACAUCGUAUAACUCACAAAGGGAAGGAACUGUAUCCAUGUAUGGAAUGCGGAAAGAGCUUCAAUCGGAGUGAUACCCUUAGGUUAUAUCAAAGGACUCAAACUGGGAAGAAACCACAUAAAUGCAUGGAAUGUGGAAAGAGCUUUAGUCGGAGUGGUGGCCUGAGGGCACAUGAAAGAACUCACAUUGGAGAGAAACCAUAUAGGUGCAUAGAAUGUGGAAAGAGCUUUAGUCGGAGUGGUGGCCUGAGGGCACAUGAAAGAACUCACAUUGGAGAGAAACCAUAUAGGUGCAUAGAAUGUGGAAAGAGCUUUAGUCGGAGUGGUGGCCUGAGGGCACAUGAAAGAACUCACAUUGGAGAGAAACCAUAUAGGUGCAUAGAAUGUGGAAAGAGCUUUAGUCGGAGUGGUGGCCUGAGGGCACAUGAAAGAACUCACAUUGGAGAGAAACCAUAUAGGUGCAUAGAAUGUGGAAAGAGCUUUAGUCGGAGUGGUGGCCUGAGGGCACAUGAAAGAACUCACAUUGGAGAGAAACCAUAUAGGUGCAUAGAAUGUGGAAAGAGCUUUAGUCGGAGUGGUGGCCUGAGGGCACAUGAAAGAACUCACAUUGGAGAGAAACCAUAUAGGUGCAUAGAAUGUGGAAAGAGCUUUAGUCGGAGUGGUGGCCUGAGGGCACAUGAAAGAACUCACAUUGGAGAGAAACCAUAUAGGUGCAUAGAAUGUGGAAAGCGCUUUAGUAGCAAUGGUGCCCUUAGGUUACAUCAAAGGACUCACACAGGGGAGAAACCACAUCAAUGCAUGGAAUGUGGAAAGAGCUUUAGUCAGAGUAGUAACCUUAGGUUACAUCAAAGGACUCACACCGGGGAGAAACCACAUAAAUGCAUGGAAUGUGGAAAGAGGUUCACUGUAAAUUGUCACCUGAAGUGUCAUCAAAGGACUCAUACUGGGGAGAAACCUCAUAAAUGUAUGGAAUGUGGAAAGAGCUUCAUUCACAGUGGUGCACUUAGGUUACAUCAAAGGACUCACACUGGGGAGAAACCACAUAAAUGCAUGGAAUGUGGAAAGAGCUUUAGUCAGAGUGGUGACCUGAAGUGUCAUCAAAGGACUCAUACUGGGGAGAAACCUCAUAAAUGUAUGGAAUGUGGAAAGAGCUUCAUUCACAGUGGUGCACUUAGGUUACAUCAAAGGACUCACACUGGGGAGAAACCACAUAAAUGCAUGGAAUGUGGAAAGAGCUUUAGUCGGACUGGUCAUCUUAGGUCACAUGAAAGGACUCACACUGGGGAGAAACCAUAUAAGUGCAUGGAAUGUGGAAAGAGCUUCAGAGAAAAUGUUCACCUUAGGUUACAUCAAAGGACUCACACUGGGGAGAAACCACAUAAAUGUAUAGAAUGUGGAAAGAGCUUUUGGCACAGUGGUACCCUUAGGUUACAUCAAAGGACUCACACUGGGGAGAAACCACAUAAAUGCAUGGAAUGUGGAAAGAGCUUUAGUAGCAGUGGUACAUUUAGGUCACAUCAAAGGACUCAUACUGGGGAGAAACCACAUAAUUAUUAUUAGGGGUGGGUGGCUUCGGAGAAGGUCACCCCUAGUCGCAUGGAGCUCAGAGAGAUCUGGGGGAGCAGAAAGCAACGUCUCCCCUAGAGUUUUCUCUUCCAAAGACAGAGGAUUCCUUAGACGCCAUCUUUGGAUGUUGCUGCAGCUGUAUCCUCCGCUGGGAUGACACAGGGAUCAGACCUUUGAAGAACUUUGAAAAAGUGAGUUACUGAAAUUGGAAGCAAACGACCGAAGGUUUAUAGCCAAUGGGAGAGACAUAACUGUGAGGUUAGUUAAGCACGGAACCACAUCCGUACUUGUAUUACAUCUCCACAGAGGCUGCUUCCCAUUAAGGAAAGGAGGGGAGCAAGCAAGCAAGCUUAAAAGCGAAGAUCUUUUAAGAAAAUAAAAGAACUCCAGACGAAAAGUGAUAAGAGACUUUAAUUGUAAAGGAAGGAAACUUUGGGUGCUGUAGAAGCGGACUGGAAUGCCUGCAGACAGUUGUGGGGGAAUCGGAUGGGGCCUGAUGUAAACAGACUUUUAAAGUUUUCCAAGCCCUGACCAUCAACUCCCAUGAAGAGUGAUUGCUUUACAAAGCUGAGUUGUGACAAUAAAGAAUCACCCUGAGACAGUUUAAUUGGCCUGAUAAUAUAUCAGUGUCGUCUGGAGAGCGUCAAAAGUAAAAGAGGACUGAGAAGCCUUCAGAUAGGAGGACUCCAUUUUUAUUACCGGACACAGUCAGACUAGCCAAGAUUGCCAUUUAAGAAACGCACAGAAGGACACACUUGGAUUAUAAAAAAACCAUUUGGAUUAUAAAAGGUGUUAAAAUGGUUUUGACUGUUUUAGUCACCCAUUUUAACAUGAAGAUUUGGGCUCUUCUUUCUGUUUUCGGGUAUUGCUGUACACUUCGCUUGAUAAGGAGGCUAUACUGCAAGAACUAAGACUUUUUGAUCACGCUGAGGACCUCUUGUGGCUGAUUGGAACUUUUUUCCAGCAGGCUGAAAUCUUCUAGAAUAACCAUCACUUUUUAAUGAGUAACUAGAGACCUCUAGUGACUGGCCGGGAAACUGCAACAGAGUUGUUUAUUAUACUGUGGUGGGUGUAUUUGAUUUUAUGUCUGAAUAAUUUUUCCUGAGCUGUGGUACAGUUUUCAAGGGGUGGAAAGGGCUCUUUUGCCAGAAACAAGAAAGUAGAUUGUUGUUGUUCUUUUUUUGUUCUUCUCCCUAUUUUCUAGUUUUUUCCUAAUAGAAAGAAGGAA